AUGGGCACAGCUGGCCUCUCAGAACUGGUCGAUGACCUGUACUAUUUCUGGGAUCACUACUUUGAAAGCCAUGGCGUGGAGGAUGCUGGGAGAAAGCAGCAAGAUGUGCUGGAGGAAAUGGAGAAGACACUAUAGCAGAUGGGAGAGAUAGAUGGCUGUUCCCAGGGCCCGGUCCAGGUGCUGAUGCUGAAGGGGAAGGUUCUAAACGUCACACCUGACUACAGCCCCCAGGCUGAGGAGCUGCUGGCCAAGGCCGUGAAGUUAGACCCAGAGGGUGAGGCCUGGAACCAGCUGGGCGAGGCCUACAGGGCGAGCCGAGGGGGCCGAAUUGAGGGCAGAAGAGGUAUGAGUGGGGAGGCAGAAGGCAGGGCUGAGGUGCUGACCCAGGCUCCGUGUCCACCCCCACAGUGGAAGAACAAGGUCUCGCUGCAGAACCUGUCCAUGGCUCUGCGGCAGCUGCGAGCUGAGAGUGCAGAGCAGCACGCCCAGAAUGUCAUGGACAGCAUCCAGCAGGCCAAGCUGGCUGUUCAGAUGGACAUGCAGGAGAGCCACUUGUGGUACAUUGGGAAAUACCAGCCUCUCGCUGUUCUUCAACACAGGCCAGAAUCCCAGUAUCUCCCAGCAGGCCCUAAGUACCUAUGCUCAGGCAGUAGGUGCUGCUCUGACUUCUAUUGGCUGCAAGGGAGCCCUGUGCUGCAGGGAGCAGGGCAGAAGUCUCAGUAGGGGG